AUGAAAGGGUUUCAUCUGCACCUUUUUACUAGUGUCUGUGCUGUAUGGGCUUCUCAGUCCUUUGCUCAGACUGACACGAGGGACUCAGUCAACCUCAUUGAACACACUGACACGGACGACAAUUCCAUCACUGGCGCCGAUGCGAUCUCGAUGCAAAACGCUCGUAACGACUCACUGGAUCAUCCAAAAGUUCCUGCUAGUGACGUGGCAGUAACCAACGCCUCGAACGUCACAACGCAGACCUUUGAUGGGAAAACAAGCGUGGUCCCAAUCGGGACAAAAACGUACGUUGUAGGACUUCGCUCGAAACCGGAGGGCAACAGCACGUGCAUUGCUUCGCUCAUCACUCCCACUCACCUUCUUGCUGGCACACGCUGUGCUUGGAGCGACGUUCGCUGGGCCUCGAUUGGUUCGCACUAUCGAAACGGAACCCAAGACGGUGAGCAGAUCAGGAUCGUGGCGAUCCUGAACAAUCCAGAAAGCUCCGCUUUCACCUUUACAAAGGACUUUGCUAUUCUCGUACUGGAAAGACCCAGUACAUACCCGCCAGUGGCCUUCGCAACUUCAAAUGAUCCCAGUGUCGAGGAGGGUGAAUGGCUGGUCAAGGUAGGCUGGGAUGACACCGGAGGUGCUUUCGGUACCCUGGCGUACGAGUUGAUGCGGGCUGACGUGCAGGUGAUCAGUAACUCUGCGUGCAUGGAACAAACGACCAUAGAUGACUCCAUGCUAUGCUCCCGGAGUUCUACGAGCGAGGCUGCAUGCACAGGUCACUAUGGUGGUCCUGUCAUUCGAGAGCAGCCGAGCGGCGACGUGGUCGUCGCCCUCGUUAGCUGGGGUCCCGACUGUGGAGAGCUCGGCUAUCCUAGUUAUUAUCAGCGCGUGUCGAGUGCUCUCGCUUGGAUCGAAUCGAUCGUCGGUCGUAAGUGCAUCAAAGAGCCCUAA